UGCAAAUUAUGGACCAAGAAAAAACACCAAUAAAGCAAGUAGAAGAGAUUCUGCUAUCUCAAUUUUUUUUUUCCUGAAGCUUUAAUUCCAUGGAAUGUCCUUUGUUUCCUCAUUCUUUGUUCCCUCUUAUCUUCAUAAACACAAGAUUUCCUAGAUGUUUUGCUGUUCGUCGAGGAGUAGAGAUUAGAUUAUACAGAAGAAGAUGGUUGAAUUCUACUUGCUGCGCUGCAGGGGUAUCUCAGAUUGGAGCUGGAAACCUGUUUGAUGACAGCUCCUUGAAGGGGGCUGAAAAUAGAUCCUUGUUGGGACCACUUGGCGAAUCAGCUUCAGCAACAUUUGGAACACUGGAUGCUGAAAUUACCCCCGAAACCAUUGAUUUUUUUGUCAGUGACGCCGAGGGUGACCCAGACUGCCCUUCCAAGGGAUUUGCUUCGAUUGAGCAGGCCUUGAAUACAAUACGCCAAGGAAAGUUUGUGAUUGUUGUAGACGAUGAAAAUGAGGAUGUUGAAGGAAACCUUAUCAUGGCAGCUUCUCAUGCAACUUCUGAGAAGAUGGCUUUUAUGAUUAAGCAUGGUUCAGGCAUUGUUUCUGUAGGUAUGAAAGAGGAGGAUCUUGAAAGGCUGAAGCUUCCUCUAAUGUCACCAGAAAGUGAAGAUGAAGAUUCUUCUGCCCCAACUUUCACAAUCACAGUGGAUGCAAAAACCGGCACAUCAACAGGAGUUUCGGCUUCAGAUAGGGCAAAGACCGUUCUUGCUCUGUCUUCUCCAGAGUCAAAACCUGAUGACUUCAGAAGGCCAGGUCAUAUAUUUCCUCUCAAAUAUAGGAAUGGUGGGGUUUUAAGAAGAGCUGGUCAUACCGAGGCUUCUGUAGAUUUGAUCAUGCUUACUGGUUUGCGGCCAGUUUCUGUUCUUUCAUCCGUUGUUAAUCCAGAGGAUGGUUCUAUAGCAUCUUUGCCCUUUAUAAGAAAGUUAGCUUUGGAGUACAGAAUUGCAGUUGUCUCAAUAACUGAUCUGAUCAGGUACCGGAGAAAGAGGGAAAAGUUAGUUGAAAGAACUGCUAUUUCGCUUCUGCCUACAAAAUGGGGUCUAUUUCAGGCUUACUGCUAUCGCUCAAAGUUAGAUAGAACAGAACAUAUAGCAGUUGUUAAGGGAGACGUAGGGAAUGGACAAGAUAUUCUUGUAAGAGUUCAUUCAGAAUGUUUAACAGGGGAUAUUUUUGGGUCAGCAAGAUGUGAUUGUGGCAACCAGUUGGACUUGGCAAUGCAGUUAAUCGAGCAAGCUGGUAGAGGAGUCGUGGUUUACCUUCGAGGUCACGAAGGCAGAGGGAUUGGCCUUGGUCAUAAACUAAGGGCCUAUAAUUUGCAAGAUCAGGGCCAUGACACAGUUCAAGCCAACAUUGAACUAGGUUUAGCUGUUGAUGCUCGUGAAUAUGGUAUUGGUGCACAGAUUCUGAGAGACAUAGGCGUUCAAACCAUGCGCCUGAUGACUAACAACCCAGCCAAGUUCACUGGUCUGAAGGGUUAUGGCUUGGCUGUUAUUGGGAGAGUGCCUGUCUUGACACCCGUUACAGAGGAAAACAAAAGGUACUUGGAAACAAAACGUACUAAGAUGGGUCAUAUUUAUGGUUCUGAUCUCCAAGGACCAUUAGCUGGAUUCAUGAAACCAACUGUAAAUAAGAAAGAAUCAUCGGAUGGGGAGCCGCCGGCAGACUGAUAACUCCAAGCAAUUCACUUCAAACACAUGAUUAUAGACAGAAUUUUUCAAAGCCAAUGGAUAGAGCAGUUUUGUUGUUAUGCUUACACAUGGAAUUUGACCGAGGUUGGCGAUUGAUAACAAUUGAAACUGACCUGCUUCAGCAGAUGUUCGUUUAUUAUAUGGAUUUUCUUUUUAUCACCCUUAGAUUGCAGAAUUUUUUAUGUUUUCAUCAAAUCUCUGAUUCAUUUUAAUAAUAAA